UAAUUUUUGUUCAACAACCCUGGGAGAAACAGCUGAUGUUGUGUACUUUUUACUCAUUCUUUUGGAUACCAGAGAAUGAACACUGCGGGCCAUACACAUACACAUAUUUUAGAUGUCCAACCUGAGUGAGAAGGAAGCCGCAGCCAUCAUGUCGCCAUCCAUGGAGCAAGCACAAUCCCUGCCACUUCCCCAGAUCCCAGUAACCACCUCAGUGUCCUGCUGCUUUGUCCUGGCAGUGCUCUACGUGGGAAGCCUCUACAUUUGGAGCACCAAACACAACCGGGAUCACCCCUCGACGAUCAAGCGAAGAUUCGCCAGCGUUUCUGUUGUUAUGUUGAUUGCCCCGAUAUUCGUUUACUUCUUUUCCUCGCCGGAACUCCUCAACCGAGAGCCAUUUUUCAAACUUCUGGGUUUCCGGAUCGAAGGACUCUGGCAGGCAGUACUGAUACCAUAUGCCCUCACGGUGCUACUCUUCCUGGGGCCUAUUUUCGUUAACAUGCAAAACGAGUCCGUACGGUCCUACUUUGAUGUGGACUACUGGCGAGGAUCUUUUAGCAGUAUAAUCUGGGUACGCAACCAUAUAAUGGCACCACUAACCGAGGAGUUUGUGUUUCGGGCUUGCAUGAUGCCUCUUAUCCUGCAGAGCUUCCCACCUGUGGCGGCGGUAUUCAUAACACCUCUCUUUUUUGGCGUCGCCCAUCUGCAUCACAUCGCCGAGCGUCUGAGCCUGGGAGUCGAACUGAGUACAGCACUGCUAAUCGGAUUGUUCCAGUUUAUUUAUACCACAUUGUUUGGAUUCUAUUCCGCAUUUCUGUUUGCUCGUACUGGCCAUGUGGUGGCUCCGUUUUUAGUCCAUGCGUUUUGUAACCACAUGGGUCUGCCAGAUCUUCAGGAUCUGUGGCAGCAGGACCUGUGGCGUCGAGUAAUAGCCAUUGUACUAUAUAUAGUUGGAUUUGUAGGCUGGAUAUUGGUGUUGCCUUUGGCUACCGAUCCUGCCAUAUACCGCAACACUCUAUAUUGGAACGUAUAGAUCGCUCAGGAGAGUUGUAGCUAAAUUAUUGUUUGUUUAUCAACCGUUGCCAUAUAGCCAGUUUUAUGGAUGUCUCUUUGAUUUCUCAAAUUCUUCACGCCAAGUUAAUUAUAGCAUAUCAAAAUAUAAUGACUGGAACUAUCCAUUAAUAGAUCUAUGGAUUCCGCAGAAUGUCUUCCGUUCAAUUUUAUCACACUUAACUAGCAACAAUACCGUUUUCGUAGUUUCCUAAGUGAAUUUAUGUGGGAAAACAAUAGUUUUCAAUACCAGAUUUAAUAUAAAUAAAGCUGAGAUGUACUUAAACUAUAGUCCCUACUUUGAAGCCUUAUCUACGUUGGUUGAUACCCAAUAUUCCUAAUAGUUUCUUAUCUAGUGCUUAGAUAAGGUGGUUGAAUGUCUGUAUAUGGAACAUAAUUGAUAUAUCCAUAUUAUGUAGAAACAAUUAAAUACCUAAAGGGAGUCCUAUUAUACAAUUAUUAUACAUUUAUUAUGUCUAAAGUUCUAAAAUUUUAAAUUUUUAAAAGAGGCGGGAGAAUUUAUGCAAUUUAAAGGAAACACCAACAUCAGGGAAUUCCCACAGAUGGCGCUGCAAAGCUUACUCUGCUGGUUUUUAUCGAACCUUGUCCACCUCUAGCUCACAAUGUUUAGAGAUUUUGGCAUUAAUUUUUACAACUGACCUAAAAUAAGGAAUCCUGCCGAGAUCUGUCCCAAUCCCACGCAUUGCCAGCCUACAUGGACAGCGUGGACUAGUGGAGCUCUGAUUUCCGAUAUUCAACCGAUUUCUGUAUUUCCCUGUUAUGAUCUUUGUUUAUUAUGUGAUAACUCACACGACGCACAACUGAGAGCGACACAGCAGCACAACACCCCAAGGCCAGCGGCAGGAGGACCCGAGAAGAGGCCGCCAAAGUCCACGUCAACGUUCGGGACGACGGGGUGUUGAUGAUACGGAUAUAAUAUAGUAAACUACACGCACAAACAAGAGCCCACCCACACCACACCCCGUGGUAGACCGCAGAAUGUAUUGCCUACAAUGCCUGCUGCCCGUACUGCUGAUACCGAAGCCCACAAACCCGGCGCUAAUGGAGACGCAUUUGAUGUUUAUAGUUCUAUACCUCGUCGGAUUCUUCUUGGAGCGCAAGCCCUGCACUAUCUGCAGCCUAGUCUUCCUCACGGCAGUAUCACUGAUCUGCUACAGUGGAGUCGGAAACUGUAUCUUCUGGGGCAACUGUGAGGGUCACCAGUGCGAGAAUGGUUAAGGGGAUCCUCCUGCCAUCCUUAUCUUGAUCCAAGCCCUGUAGUCGUAGUCAUAGGGAGAGGACAGGGGACAUGUGCUAAUUAUCGUAAAUACCAUAAUAUUGAGUUACGUUAGCGUUGUUACAGCUUUACAUCCUAGAAACAAAACAAAAAUAUAUUUUAAUCGAGAAGGAUAAUCGGGAAUAGAGAAUGAAAAGGGAUAAGGAAACUUGACUAAAUCGAAAAUCAGUGAUACAAGUGAUGAGUGAGUCCGACCAGGAAAAAAGUGUGUGUAGAAAUCCGUAUUUUGUUUCCAUAACCAUCCCAUAACUCCUUUGGUUAUGAAUUCAGAGUGUGUGUUUUGUUUUAAAGCUUAGACGAAUUUAGUUUUUACGAAACGCUACGAAAAUGUAUUGUAUAUCGCCCCACCCAAGCCCUAUAAAAGAAAAUCAACAGCCCUAUUUAACCCACUCGUCAAUGCAACUAACGUUUAGUCAUAUAUGUUAAUUUACCUAAUUAUACAAUUAUAUUAUAAUUAUGAUUGUAAAGAGGGGGUACUCCUGACAUCGGUUGUUUCCCAGUCUUGUGCACAUGCAAAAAAUGUAAAUAUAACUUACACUGAUCAAAAUAUAAAUAAUAUACCUAAACUGUAAACGAGAGACAAGCAAAAGGAUAAUGUAAAAACGAUAAAUGCGAAAAAAAAAACCAUUUACAAUAAAUAUUGUUCGAUUUUUGCGAAUUUGUAUGAUUUGAGCCGAAAAAAAAAACGAAAGAAUGUCUAAAGGCACAAAAAUAAACUUUAAACAAUGCUAUAAAUCCUUUUCAUUUUCGAUAAGGGGCUUAAAGGAUUACCUUAAAUUUUUACCAAGUAAAGCAUAAAAGUCCGAGAAAUAAGACAUGACCAUUGAUUUCCAAUUUUCCACAAUUUUAUUCGUUUCAAAAUAUGUGUGAUAUGUAGUAUAUGUAUAUAUUCAUAUAAAAUGUACAUUUUGAUGUUGCUGUCGUUUGUUUUGGAAUUUGAUUAUAUCAAGAUCAGAUCAGCUUCAGCUUCGAACUUAAUUUACUAA